CAGCAGCUUGAGCAAGGAAGAUGCGCUGAAGCUAGUAUCUUCCAACGGCAUGAUUCUCCAGUUCAUCUCUCUAGAGUUACGAGACGACAAAGACGCUGUUCUGGUAGCAAUCAAGUCAACGCGUUAUGGUCGGUGGCCGUUUCUUUAUAUUAACUCGGCAUUGAAGUAUGCCCCAACGCGGUUGCGAAAUGACAGGGAAGUAGUGCUUGCAGCAGUUCGCGCCAUUGCUAAACCGCUCCAGUAUGCAUCGCCUGAGCUAAGAGAUGACAGAGACACUGUUCUGGCAGCAGUGUGGUUAAGAAAUCGUAAAUCGCAGCUCCCUGAAGAUCCUAAAUUCCUCAAAGUUUGAAAGGUCUCAAAGAUCGCUGGCCCAAGUGGUUCGAAAGGAGACUAAAGGCCGGCUUAAUUUAGUUGGUUCCUUAUGCGUGUCUGAUCAAGUUCUUGAAUAGAUUUAUUCAGAUUCUCGGCCUAGGAUUGCAAAUGGGUACCAAUUUGCAAACUCAGCCCGACAGUCCAACAAAAAAACUAAGUCCAGCUAUGUCGUUCCGCACUAGGUCCCGCACAUGAUUAAUGUUGCUUCUUUUCUUCUUUUCGUUUCACUCCUUGCACAUUUUUAGAACGUGCAAGAAGUGAACACCUACUAGCUUGGAGCGUCCGAUAACAUCCCUCCCACUUCACUAGGAUCCUCCUCCUCCCCAAAAUAAGAAACUAAGCACGGCAAAGAUGUAAGCGAUGCGCGUUUUUCUAAUUUCAGUGGUGCGAGUGCUGGGAUGUUGAGGCAGCGAAACCCGCGCUGUUUCUGUGCGGAUGAGUGGCCACGGGCUACCAUGGAUAACGAGGUGCGGAGAUGGAUUGCAGACGACAGCGAGCUGAAGCUCCCUAAGGAAGAAGUAGACACACUGAAUGGCCCUGAAGCAGCGCUCUAUUACGUCUGUUGGCUUGUGCCCUCACUUAUGCUGCUGGUUGAGAUCUGUCGGGAGGAGUUAGGAAUUGUCAAGGUGGACGUCGCCGCCAGGAAGAGAAAGAAGGAACUUAUAGAAAAGUUGAAGAAAAAGGAGGCACAGUGAUGUGAUCCUGUUGCUUAUAGCUCACCUAUGUGUGUGCUGUCUGUCCCUGUCCAUGCCAGCACUUGAAGAUUGCACAAUUACAAACUUGCAAUCCGAAUUCGCACAGAGUAAUCAUAUCCCCACGAAGAAGGCCCAUUCCCUCGUCCUUGAUUCCAGAACCCAUCAUUCCUUGUGCGACGCCAACUGGCAUAGACACUAAGAAGUCAUCGAAUUGAACAACAUCCUCUUGUGCAACAACGCGAUCAGUGAGAGAAGAAAUACAC